GGCUCCGGGGGGCGGGCGGGGAGGGGCCGGAGGCCUCGGCCGGUCGGGGUGUCCGGUGCCCGUCUGGGCCUGCCGCCGCCAGGGGGCGCGCCGCCCCAGAGCGCUACAAUGUAACUCCCGGCAGGCCGCCCCGCCGCCCGCUGACCCCCGCCGCCGCCGCCGCCGCCGCCGCCGCCACGGCGCUCAGGUGCCCGGCGCGGCCCCGCCCCGCGGCGCUGGGCGCGGCCUUCAGGGCUCGGCUCCAGGCUGGCCUGGCCGCCCCCGCCCCGGGCCUUGGGAGAGGAGCCUCGGCGCGCCCGACCCCGCGGUGGAACGGGCCCGGGAGCGCGCGGAGCUUUGUGACGUCAGCGCCGCCGCCGCCGCCGCCGCCGCCGCCGCCGCAGCAGCAGCAGUUACAGCCGGCGGCAGCAGCAGCAGCAGCAGCAGCCCUCGCCGGGCCGGCCGGCCGCGGGGCAGCCAUGGCGGCGGCGCGCCGGGCCCCGCUCUAGGCCCGCCGGGGUCGGCGGCAUGGAGGCGGCGGGCCCCGAGCCGCUGCGGCCCGGCUGCCGGCUGCCCGUGCGGGUGGAGCAGGUGCUCAACGCCGGCGACACGCUCGUGGUGAGCCUGCGCUGCGGCGCGCGGAGCUUCACCGGCCUGCUGCUCGACUGCACCAAGAGGUCCGGCCUCUUCGGCCUCCCGCUGUCCGUGCCCAAGCGAGACGGACCCCCGCCGGACGGCUGCCCGCGCCGGGCCCCUCAGGAAGACCGCGGAGAUGCCGACGGGCCGGAGCCCGCGCCCCCCCCGGGGCCCCCCGGCAGCGCCCCGCCCUUCCCGCCCUACUUCGAGGGGGCGCCCUUCCCCCACCCGCUGUGGCUGCGGCACACGUACAACCAGUGGGUGCCCCAGCCGCCGCCGCGGCCCAUCAAGCGCACCAGGAGGCGGCUGUCGCGCAACCGCGACCCGGGCCGGCUGAUCCUGAGCACCAUCCGGCUGCGGCCGCGCCGCGUGCUCUGCCAGAAGUGCCAGAACACGCUGAGCCCCGACGAGGGCGCGCCCGGCCCCGCCCGCGCCCCGCCGCCCCGGCGCAGGGAGCCCCGCCGGCGGGACAAGGCGGCGGCCGGGCCGGCCCCGCCCGUGCCGCGCAGCCCCGUCAUCAAGAUCUCGUACAGCACGCCGCAGGGCACCGGCGAGGUGGUGGAGAUCCCGUCGCGCGUGCACGGACAGCCCUUCCGGCCCGAGCCGGCCGCCGUCCCCAAGCUGAAGCUGAGCCGCCCGCUGCCCGCGGGGGACGCGCCGCCCCCCAAGAUCCGCCUGAAGCCCCACCGGCUGCCCCGCGGCGGCCACGGCGUGUCCCUGUACAAGGCCGAGCUGGUGGACGAGCUGGCCGGCCGCUCCCCCCGGCUGUCGUCGGGCGGCUCCGGGGACGACGACGACGACGACGACGACGACUUCGGGGGCUUCGCCGCGGCGCCCGUGAACUUCCUGGUCAACUACAAGCGCAAGGCCGACUCGUCCGGCCUGUCGGUGGGCGGCGGCGACAGCCUGGACGAGUCCAAGUCGUCCGGCUCGGAGCCCGCCUCCCCCGCCGGCGGCGCCUUCCUGCCCGCCGACGACGCGUCCGUGUCGUCGUCCUCCCGCGAGGAGCGCAAGACGGUGCCGCCGCUGACCGUGCGGCUGCACACGCAGAGCGUGGCCCAGUGCGCCACGCAGGACGGCCGCACCGUGGCCGUGGGCGACGUGGUCUGGGGCAAGAUCGCCGGCUGCCCCUGGUGGCCGGCCCGCGUGCUCGACCUCAGCCUGGGCCGCAGGGACGACGGCGACGGCCGGCCCGCCUGGGCCGAGGCGCGCGUGUCCUGGUUCGGCUCCCCGACCACGUCGUCGCUGCCCGUCUCCAAGCUGUCGCCCUUCUCCGAGUGCUUCAAGCUGAGGUUCAACCGCAAGAAGAAGGGCGUGUACCGGCGCGCCAUCGCCGAGGCCGCCCGCGCCGCCCCCCACCUGAGCCCCGACAUCAGGGACCUCCUGAGCCGCUUCGACACGUAGCCCGGGCCCGGGGCCCC